UCUCUUCUCGGAUAAUAAUCUCCGAGUUAAUUUACAAUAUUAAAGUGUUAUAUCACGUUGGUGCUGCCAUACCGUGAUUUGCUCGGGCUCAAUGAAUAACGGUACAGAGUCGGUGAAUAUCGUGUGUCGUCCUAUCAGAUUCGGACUUCGCAUGAUUGGCGUAUGGCCGGGCACGUCGUAUGCUAUCUUGCGCAGAGAGUUCUGCAUAUCGUCAAUGGCGGUGUUUCAGACCUUUCAAUAUCAACACUUGAUCAUGCAUUUCGGCGAGGAGGACCUCUUCGCCCUCAUGGACAUGUUAAGCGCAACUCUGGCUUACAGUCUUCUGCUGAUCAAAUUGUUUAUUUUUGCGUUCAACGCACGUUUGCUGAACAAAAUGAUAGCGCGCUUGGUUGAGGAUUGGAAGGAGCGCGAUGUUUGCGACGAGUACACGAUGACUAGGAUGGCGUACAUCUCUCGUCGGUUCUCCAACUUUAUAAUUGCCUUGUACGCGCUUUCGGUGUUCCUUUACGCAACCGGUACUUUGCUGAGGUACAGAAGUAGCAAUGAGACAGACACCCGAGAGCUCCUCCUUAAGAUGGAAUUGCCUUUCGAGAUCAAGAGCACGUGGGUACACAUAGCUGUCUUUGCUACGCAGUAUGUUCAUCAGACAAGCGCAGCCAGUAUGGUGGGCGUGAUGAAUUCCUUGCUGAUAACACUGGUUCUUCAUGUCUGCGGACAGAUUGACAUUGUGCGGCAAAAAUUGAGUGAAAUCACGCGAAAGGACGUCAAGCAAGGUGUGAACGACAGCAUCGUGAAAAUGUUGAUAAUUCGGCAUCAAAGAAUUAUCUCUUUCUCUAAGAAUAUCGAGGCCUUCUUCUCUAAUAUCGCGCUAAUACAAUUUGUAUCAAAUACCAUGGUUAUCUGUUGUCUAGGAUUUCUUAUCGUAAUUUCCAUUGGUGUCCCAGGUGGAACGUCUAUGCUAAUAAAGUCCGUGUUCUUUUAUAUUGUUAUAAGCAUGGAGGCAUUUAUAUUUUGUUUCCUUGGGGAGCAUCUCAGUAUGAAAAGUCAAAAAAUUGGCGACGCGGUUUAUGAAUCACUUUGGUACGAGCUGAACCCGAAUCAGAAUCGUGACGUCAUGAUCAUGAUCAUAAGAUCGCAGAAACACUUGACGCUCACGGUCGGAAAGGUCAUGGAUCUUUCCCUCAAGCAAUUCGCCAGCAUCGUGAAAGCUUCGGCGUCAUACGUGUCGGUGUUACACGCGAUGUAUUGAAGCCUUAACGCGCUGCACGCCCCUCAUAUCUUCGCGUGCAGAAGGAUAUAGUACUUUUACUACCGUCAGUUUACACGAUUAACAAUUUUCCUAUUCAAAGAGGCGGGGUUUCACAUCAAGUGUGCGCCGUGUAGACAAACGGGGGAUACCGAAGCAUCGAUUUACCAGAGGCAUCCGUUCGCGACGGCUUUAUUUAGCCUGUCGCGUAUAAAGGCAGAGCUAUAAAUACAUUGUUGAUAUUUUAGAUCGAUGUACUUUAUCUGAUAAUAAAAUGACGAUCAAAAUAAACGCGAUUCGAUUAAAAAGAUGGUUAAUUUAAUCAACUACGUUUUUAUAUUAAAAUCGAAA